UCUCUUUAUCUGAUUCUUUCUGAACAAACAGCCACACACAGCACACCUCUUAACCUGUACUGCCAUGCUCUGUCACAGCUCUUCCUUCAUCUGGAGCUUCAUGUCUUUGUUAACACUUUAUCAAGUUCAUGCUGCGUCUCAAAUCAUUUGUCAACCAGGUCAGAGGCUCACACGCUCAAAGACCAGUUGUGAACCCUGUCCUCCUAACCAAUACAACCCUAAAUCAAGUUCGAGUACAGAGUGCCGAAACUGUGAACCUUGUGGAUUGUACAGUUAUCAAGUUAUGUCCUGCACACCAAAAAAUAAUACUAAGUGUCAUUGCUAUGAUGGUUUUAUUCCUUACGACAAAACGGGGAGAAGAUGCCAAUGCCAAAUUGGUUCAGGGAUAAAGAUGUCAGGAAAAGGAAAACCUGUCUGUGAGAAAUGUCCACCUAAAACUGCCACUUCUGAAAUUAACUCUCAGUGUCAGCCACAGCACACGCAGAAAAUUCCAGGAAAUGCCACUUCUGAAGUCAAUUGCGGAAACGAACAGAAAACAGUAGUACCUCCUUCCUCCUCUCUGGCUUUUUCUCAGACAUCCUCCAGCACAUCGACUACAGCAGCUACAACUACCAGUGUCUUAACUACCAGCACAAAUUCCAUUACUGAGCUGCAUCACAGCAGGAAGCAUGCCCUCUGGCUGGCGUUUCUGGCAGCUUUUCUGCUUCUCAUCCUCAUAUUGAAGCUCAGCAGGUGUCCAAAGAAAAAGACUGACAUAGUACGACAAGGUAGCGAGUGUGGAAAGCCGGUUGAAGAAUCAGGCGAGAAAUUCAUUCCUGCCAUCUAACCCUUUUCUUAAUGCCAGAAUUAAACAGUGCAAUGACUAAAAAAUCAGCAGUAGGUAUUAUAUACCAAUGAGACCACAGUGUUUUAACUGCACUUUACAUUGUAAUAGCUCUGGUACAUUCAGUCUGUUCCAUGACUAUAAGAAACUGAAAGGGAGUGAUAUGAUUAUCAGAUGUCCCAUUUAAAGAAACUUAAUUAUCAUAGAGCGUGGUGUUUUUUCCCCACACUUCAUUUAAAUGUCUGCCUAGAACAUUGUGAUUACGUUAUCCUUUUAUAGGAAUUAUUUAAGUGUUGUUCUUUUCAUUAUUUUGUAUGCAAUGUUUAUUUUUCUUUCAUAAAGUUUGUCUUUUAUUUUACAUAUAAAUCUAACUAGAAAUGCUAGAACAUACUAAGUCAUGUAGGAAGAUGUUGUCUAUUAGAACCAUCUUUGAAACUAGUGUGUAGCUGCUGAAAACAUUACUGUGAAGCUAUGACCUUUUACUGGUGUUUCCAAAAUGCCCUUCUAUUUUACCACAAAAUGUUUCUGUGCCUUGUGAUGACUCACACGCUCCUGAGAAACCAAACUUGGAUAAUAUGUAGGCUUAGGACAAACUGAGAACGAUUAGUCUAGUUGUAUUGUAUUGUAUUGUAUUGUAUUGUAUUGUUUUGUUUUGUGUUGUGUUGUGUUGUGUUGUGUUGUGUUUUGUGUUUUGUGUUUUGUUUUGUUUUGUUUUUUGUUUUGUUUUGUUUCAUGGAUAUUAGUAAAAGUGGACUGCACUGUUGAUAUGAAGAAGUGUUUUUAAAUGUAAAUAGAUUAAAGAAAAAGCUCUUUUGUUAUUUGGAGAGAUCAAGUAUUCAAGUAUUUGCACAGUUCAAGUAUUCUUCGGGAUUAUGUUCUACGGUAUUAUUUGUCAUUUCUUUGACAUCAUAUGUACAUCUUUUUUUACAGUUUGACUAUAGAACGGAUUUCUAUUUUUAUUUAGUAUUUCUUAUUAAAAUCCAUUAAAACAUGG